AUGGUCAAGGCGAAGAAGUUGUUACUCAAGUACGCCAAUGUUUUCUCGUCAAACGAAGCUGACAUAGGAAAGACUGGCUUAGUUCAACACAAAAUAAACACAGGACAAGAAUUGCCUAUUCGUCAGCGGCCAAGAAGAUUGCCUGUAACACGUGAAAAGGAAGUGGAAACCAUGAUUGAGGGAAUGGUGAAGGAUGGUGUUAUUGAACCUUCAUCUAGUCCAUGGUGUUCACCUGUGGUGCUGGUAAAGAAGAAGGACGGCAGCAUGCGGUUUUGUGUUGACUACCGCCGCCUGAACGACAUUACAAAGAAGGACAGCUAUCCCUUGCCAAGAAUUGAUGACACGCUGGACAUGCUUACAGGCGUAAAGUGGUUUAGUACGCUGGAUCUGAAAAGUGGCUACUGGCAGGUUGAAAUUGACCCUAAGGACAAGGAGAAAACUGCAUUCUCCACAGGAAAGGGUCUGUGGCAAUUUAAAGUCAUGCCGUUUGGAUUGUGCAAUGCUCCAGCAACGUUUGAAAGGUUGAUGGAGCUUGUACUUACCGGGCUAAUUGGAGAUGCCUGUCUGGUCUAUUUGGAUGACAUCAUCAUCGUAGGCCGUACGUUUGAGGAACAUCUUCAAAACCUGGAAUGCGUGCUCAUGAAGAUCCCGAGUGUCAACCUCAAGUUCAGUCCAAAGAAGUGCUCACUAUUCAAACGGCAAGUUAGUUUUUUGGGGUAUGUAGUGUCGGAAGAAGGUAUCCGCACGGAUUCAGAGAAAAUUGCUGCUGUCAAGGAGUGGCCGGUCCCAAAAGACAAGACACAGGUUAGAGCAUUUUUGGGUUUGUGCUCUUAUUAUCGGCGAUUUGUGAAGAACUUUGCAGAUAUAGCCAAACCUCUGCACAAGCUAACCGAGGAGAAGCGACAAUUCUGCUGGGAUGAAAGUUGCGAUAUUGCAUUCCAGGAGCUCAAUAACCAUCUGUGCAAACCACCUAUUUUGGGGUACCCUGAUGCGGGCAAGGAAUUCAUAGUUGACACAGACGCAAGUGAUAUAGGACUUGGCGAUGUGUUGUCUCAACGGAAUGGUGAUCAAGAGAUUGUGAUAGCGUACUUCAGCAAGUCGUUGUCAAAGCCGGAAAGGAACUAUUGUGUCACAAGACGGGAAUUGCUUGCUGUGGUAAAGUCCUUGCAGCAUUUUAGCAAAUAUCUUCUAGGGCGGAAAUUCUACUUACGAACUGACCAUGCUGCACUCAAAUGGCUAUUGCAGUUCAAAAAUCCGGAAGGACAAUUUGCGAGAUGGAUUGAACUACUGCAGGAAUACGACUUUGUGAUCGAAUAUCGCAGCAGGAAAUCUCAUGGCAAUGCAGAUGCAUUGUCAAGAAGACCUUGCCCUGAAGAUUGCAAGCAUUGUACUAGGCAAGAGGGUAAGGAAGUGGUGAAGGUUUUGGCAACGCAUCUGCAAUUCCCCUGGUGUUGCGGUUGUUCAUGGGCGGCGGUAGUCACUUACCAUCAGCAGAGCCGCAUGCUCGUUUGCCCCCUAUUCUAUAAAAAAAAAGUGGUAUCUGUGAGAAUGCUCAGGACAGACCAGCUCAGCAAUGAGUGGAAGGACAGCCUACAACAUGCACAGCAGGAAGAUUCGGACAUUAAGCCGAUUCUGGAAUGGAUGAAGGCCAGUGCUCCUAAGCCCAAGUGGAGCGACGUCUCAGCAAUGAGUUCGACCACGAAAAGCUAUUGGGUCCAAUGGGACAGCUUGCUGAUUCAGGAUGGAGUCCUGUGCCUUAAAUGGGAAAAUGGUCGGAGAGACAGGUGUCAUUUGCAAGUGGUUGUCCCUAAGGCUAAAGUGCCGAAUAUUCUACAGCUGUACCAUAGUGGUUAUUCAGGAGGCCACCUGGGGGUUAAACGAACUCUCCUGAAGAUCCGAGAACGGUUUUACUGGGUCCACUGUCGUGACGAUGUCGAGGACUGGUGCCGCAAAUGUACAAGUUGUGCGGCUGUAAAGAGACCUCAAAUUCGUAGUAGAGGCGCAUUGAAAUUGUACAAUAUUGGUACACCAUGGGAGAGGAUAGCAAUUGACGUUGCGGGGCCGUUUCCAGAAACUGAAAGUGGUAACGAGUAUUUCAUGGUUGUGAUGGAUUACUUCACUAAGUGGCCAGAAGUCUUCGCCAUUCCAAAUCAAGAAGCUUCAACCGUUGCAGAUAAACUAGUUCAUGAAGUCUACUGUCGUUUUGGAGAUUCACAGCGAUCAAGGAAGGAAUUUUGA